AUGCUUUUAAAAUUGGUGAUCAUUAUUGGAUUUUGUUUAAUAUUAUUUCCCGAUGAAGGAGAAAAUUUAUCUGACUGUAGUGCUUGUAUAACAACUUCAUCUUGCUACGUAGAUGAUAUGUAUGUCGAUUAUAAUUUAAAUGUUUUACAUUGUAAAUAUCCAUUUACAUUUAAAUUAAUAUAUUAUACUGAUUUAUCAAAAAUUGUACGUUUUAUCAAUGUCACAGUUUAUCAUGCUGGCAUAACUGUCGUACGUUUACCGUCGAUAAGAUUUGCUUGGGAUUAUACAUUAUGUACGCCGUACGAACAAUCUGAUCCAAAAUGUUCACGAUGUUUUGUUGCUAAAUGUACACAUGUAAAACUUUUUGUUUGGUAUAUUACUGGUGGUAUAUCAGUAAUUUUUAUUUGUAUGGGUUUCUUUGCCUGUUGCAAAAGAUAUUUCGACUCCAUCAAUCCAAAUCAAACAAAUGAAAGAACACCAUUAUUACAAGAAAGUAUAAUUAAUAGUUAA